UCCAUUCACAAUGCAGCUCUAUGGCGCUCUGGUCCUGUUGGUGACUCUGUCUGCAGCAUGUGGCCUGAGAUGCUACACAUGUGCAUCCACCAGCGCAGGGUCCUGCACACAGACCUCAACUUGUCCUGACAUCCUGAACCGUUGUUUCUCCCUUAAUGUCGGUGUCGUCACCAAGGGCUGCCAAAACAGUGUUUUAUGUGUUGGCCCCAUCAAAUGCUGUGAAGGGGAUUUGUGCAACAGUGCCAUGCCCACUGCUUCCAGUGUCCUCCUCUUGCUGGUAUCCUCAGCCAUCACCACACUCUUUCUCUGAGGCUCUGGAAUAUUGAUAUCUAAGAUGUCCUUUUUUUCUGACCCAAUUUGUACAACUUAGAAAGAAAAAUAAAUGCUUCCAUGUAUAUCAUAUGCUCAUAUGCUUAUGAAGGUUGUGUUGUGAAAUAUUAACAAUCGAGAAAGAAAUUAUAUAUUAUACAGUUAGUUGUUGAUUCUGAUGAUUAACAAUAACGAUCAGCAGACACACAAGACUUUCUGGUUUAAUUACUUUGACAACAAACUCUCACCAUUUUCAGCCAAAAGAAAAAUGCAGAAAAUAUUUGGUGUGAUCUGCUUCCAGUGAAAAAUAUAAAUUUUUCUUCUACAAAUGAGGAUCUAUGGCAUAAAAUGUAUCUGUAAUCUUAUUUCAUUCCUUUAUUUAUUAGUGCGUUUGUUUAGGUGCCUGUGCAGAGCCCAAGGGUAACUAAAAGACCUCACCUGCACAUCCUGUUCAAGUAGACAUAUUAAACGUGAUCGUUUGUCUUUCAUUAAGAGGUUGAAACAUUGUAACAAUGCAGUUUCAUUGGCUAAAUAAAAACAUGCACAAGACUAGACUGUGCAAGUUGGUGUAUGAACGUCUCUACAUUUAAGAAGUGA